AAGUAUCACUGUUUACUACAGGCAGAAAAAGCAGAGUCUGAUGCUUGCAACCAAGAUGCAACUCCUCAGGAGUCAAAAUCUCUUGGCCUGAAAUGGGCACAUCCUAUUCCAGUACCCGAGACGGGCUGUGUCCUUGUUGCAACAGAAAAGCUUGAUGGGGUUCGUACAUUUGAGAGAACUGUAGUUCUGCUUCUCAGGUCUGGAACUCGACAUCCACAAGAGGGUCCAUUUGGAGUUGUGAUCAACCGUCCACUUCACAAAAAGAUCAAACACAUGAAGCCUACUAAUAACGAACUAGCCACCACAUUUGCUGAUUGUUCAUUGCAUUUUGGGGGGCCUCUCGAGGCAAGCAUGUUUUUGUUAAGAACAAAUGAAAAAUCGAAACUCCCAGGGUUUGAAGAGGUAAUGCCUGGCCUCUGUUUUGGUGCUCGAAACAGUUUGGACGAAGCUGCAGGGCUCGUGAAGAAAGGCGUGCUCAAGCCUGAGGAUUUUAGAUUUUUUGUUGGGUAUGCCGGUUGGCAGCUGGACCAAUUGAGAGAGGAAAUUGAAUCAGAUUACUGGUAUGUAGCUGCAUGUAGCUCAAAUUUGAUUUGUGGAGGUUCAUCGGAUUCAUCAGAAAGUUUGUGGGAGGAUAUUUUGCAGCUAAUGGGUGGCCAUUACUCAGAAUUAAGCCGGAAGCCUAAGCAAGAUAUGUAGUCAUUUAUUAUAUAUAGACUGAGUUAGUUAUGAAUCUAAAUGUACAUAAAACUCUUUCAACUGGAUUUUUA